AUGGAUAUGCACAGUGUGAAGGGGCUCCCUACAGUGCACCGUUGCCGGAGGGUAGAAUAUUUGGAGACUGGGAUUGGUAUCCCCACUAUAUUGGGGGUUCGAACUGCUCCAGCUUCCACUGCGAUAGCGACACUUGGCCAAGUCAUGAACUUUGUGACAGUGCUCACAACAGACAAACUCUUUAGGUGGAUGCCAGUAGAAGUACUCGGUGCCGGAAUGCUAGAGAUCGCCGAAGACAUAAACGAGAAAGACCACGAACGACGCAAAGCCACUAUCGUACACUCUCUCCCUUCGAUUCUUUUCAUUUUGGCUGUUGUUGGCGAAAUCCUCGGCUUGAUCGGCUCCGUCUUUGGCGUUGUGGGAGAUUCAGUGCUAGACCUUCAGAGACUUGUUGAAGACAAACUCAACCUCCUGGGUAAUUUUGGUCUUGUUCUCACACCGCUGGCCUUGACAGAUGUGGUGCGGAUGUCGAAGGGACUGGGCUCUUGCGUUGGUGGGAUCCGUCGCCCCCAGGCGGAGCGUGGUCGCCUGUUCUGCACCACCGCACGUAGGGAAAGCUUGGGCCGUAUAGCCCCAGAUGACGCCACGGAUCAGAGGCAUGCAUUUUCACAGACAUCCCAGCAGGCGUGUACGCACAGCGUCUCCACGCGUACGUCGGCCGGAAGCCUUGCGUCGCGUCAGGUGACCACUGCGGCUCCCGCGGCAUUUUCUCGCCACACUAUCAGCCUCACCGACUUUUCAUGGCUCGUCCCGCGCGCAAGGCCCAUCAAGGCGGCCAAAAGCGUGCGAAGGAGCUUCCUUGCGAAAGGCAUCGGCCUUGUCUGUUUCUUCGAUGGAGGCCACCCGCUCUCAGCCCGUCAUCCAGACAUGCAGCUGCACAACGCAUUCCUCCCAAACUCGCCCACUGCCACUUCGGAUACGCGACUGGAACAAGCUCAACCGGAUCUCGCCAGCGGCUAUCUUCUAAGUCGCGACAAGGGUCGAGCCCCGGUGCCCUCUACUCGACCCAAAGACCAGAUUAGGAUAGGGGUGGUGCGAAGUCCUCGGACUGACCGGCUUCGCUCACUCGAUGUGACAGCUCGCCUGUUCCUGCCCUACUCUACGACUCAACGAAAGACCCACGACUUGGUGUGGAAAGUCAUCGCCCAGGGAGCUCGUCAUGGUACGGUCAUGAACGAGCACCUCCGCGCUCUUCACUAG